AUGUGCGGCAAAGGAGGAAAGGUUUAUAUUACGGAGGACAUGUUGCGUGCCAUUGUAGUCGAACAAAGUAAAAAAGGUCCAACGGGACGAAACCAAGUGGAGCAGUUGGAGUUUUGUGAGGUUCAAAAACUUGACCUGGGAUCUAGACAUAUCUCAAGGAUUGAGCGCUUGUGGGAAUUUACAUCUUUAACAACUCUUCACCUGAAUAACAACAACAUACAGAAGAUGGAGGGCCUGAGUCGUCUAACAACUUUGAAAUGUUUAAAUCUGUCAUUUAACAACAUUGUGAAAAUUGAGGGCCUGGAAUCUCUCAAGAAACUAGAGGAGCUAAAUUUGUCAGAUAACAGAAUUACAGUUCUGGAAAACAUGGAUUCCCUUGAGAAACUUGUUUCUUUUAACAUGGCCAAUAACGUCUUGAAGAAUCUAAGACAAGUGUGUUGUCUCAAGAAAUUAAAAAAUCUAUUCACUCUUAACUUUUGUGGAAACCCCUUAAGCGAAGAGGAAAAUUACAAAUUGUUCAUAAUUGCUUUCUUUCCAAAUGUAAAGUACCUUGACUACAGAUAUGUCAACAGUGAAAUUAAAAAACAAGCAUCUGUCAAAUUCAAUAUUGAGCUUGAGAAACUCUCUCAGGAAGAUUUGGAGAGAGAGAAAAAAACAGAGGCACUGAAAGCACAACAAGCUGAGCUACAAACGCAUGUGGAUGCCUUUGUAGAAUCAUUGAAUGGGUCUUUUCUUUUUGAACACAUGUUCAAAGAUGAUCCAUUGGAAAACAAGCUGCAAAGUGUACCAGAAAUAGCAGCUCAAUUAUUUACAUUCAAGCAGAAGAUGACAGAGCUGUGUGUGCAGCUGUUUGAAACAGGCUUAGUGGAGCAUAGGCGAAGGCAAGCAGAGGUGAAUUCAUUCUUCACUAGUCACAGUCUGACCACAGCAGAUAUAAUGCAGAAAGAAACUAAGUUAUUAGGGGAAUUUGAAAAGUACUUCAAAGAGUUGAAAAAAGAAUCAGCAGCAACAUCACAGACUGAUCACACAGAUGAGUUAACUAAACUGCAAAAACAUUUACUUACACUUGAGUUCAAACUAAUAAGUCAGAUAGAGAUGAUGAUCAAAAAACUGGAUGUGGUCUUAUCGGAAAUGAUUGGCACCUUCAGUGAAACUGCUCAAGAAAUAUUUGCACAAUGUCGAGAACUGGAGGAUAAAUAUCAUGAAAAAAUGCAGGGGAUUGUCACUUCAACUAUUGAGAAAGUAUCAAGGCACCAUGGUGUGGAAGAUUUGUCUGAUGAUGUGAAAAUGGUGUUUUUAGACAAAGAAACAGUGAUGGGAGCAUUGACUACAGCUCAUGAAAACCACCUCCUCAUCAUCCGAGACAGAGAAAAUCAGAUGAUCACCCGUGCCAAUGCGUGGAAAAGCAGACUCAUCAAAAAACUCCAGGAAAAAGAAAUCCAGCGAAAUAGAAAGGUCCUUUCCCAUAUUACCACAUGUGUGGACCACUAUGAUGAAGAGUUGCACAAAUUAUUUAGUAGAUGA